AUGGCUCGAAAACCCCCUCUCUCAUUCCUAUAUCAAACUAGGACCAUAUUAAGGUCAUCCAACUGUUCGAACGUACCUCACUUCUUCCGACAGCAAUUUUCCACCCACCAACAUCUCUAUUCAGGAAACCAUCCCCCUUCUCACCAAAAGUCACCUGUGGCCACCAAUGACCGCUCUCGUAGUUGGCGCCCUGGCAAACAUAGUCGUCACACGCAACUAAGCGGCGACGAUCUUUCCGAUACCCCGAUUUCUCCUCGUUCUAAUCCUGCCACUCCUUCAACUAUCACACCCGCUGAGCGCAGAGCUUUUGAUGCGAUUUUGAGUUCUACCCCGAAUAAAAAGUCCUCUAGCCCACCCGUUGCAAACAAGAAAGCCUCUCGGCCCAACUCACACGACAUUGAGAUCAACCGAAUCCUCGAUAUUUUCAGUAACUCGGUCAAAACCGGUCUCAUUGGCAGACAGUCGUCACCUGCUUAUGAAGCCGACACCACCCCCGAGUUGACUGAAUUGCCAAGCCAUCUGAUCGAGUCGCUUAGUCUAAUUCUGGACCAUACCAACCCCCCGGAGGAUCUGAGAGAUGCAGUUUUUCAACGGCUAUAUCAUAUCAUCAGUGCACUAGAACAAGCUUGGAACUCGGGCGAGCGCCGUGGCGAUAUUGCGUUGUGGGAGGCCUGUGAGCAACAUGUUUUCUCCUUGGCCUCGUCGCUAAGCCCUCCUUCCAAAGCCGCCAGUAUUGACAGCCCGGCCGAGCUCGCCUCAUCAAUCCCUCAAGACUCUCUGGCUACCUCACCCCUAGACCAGAAUGGCAUUUUACCCGAGUCCAAAACCCAGCCUCCUGUCGAUAAGGAGGAGCCUGGUCAAGUUUCCCAAGAUGGACUCGACAUCUUCGGCCAGGUGCGAGAGGUCUCUGAUGAUGUACCUGUCCUCCGCCACGUCUAUCCUACUGUCCUCCUAUAUGUUUUACACAUCUUCACUGACAAGUUUCCCUCUUCUCAUCUCGUGUUCAACCUUCUCCCCCGGAUCCGCCAACUUGGCCACACCAGCUACGUCCUGGGCGCGACCACUCAUUUUUACAACCACCUGAUAGAGUUCCAAUGGCAGGCUCAUUCUUCGCUUCGACGAAUCCAUCACCUUCUUGUCGAAAUGGAUAGAUCUGGCGUCGAACACGACCUUGAAACCUGCCAGCUUCUCCGAAACAUCCAGAUGGAUCGAACGUGGGAUCUGAGCCACGGCCAAAACCUCUCUGCACCUACUGCACAUUCUCGCGGGGCAGAUUGGUGGAACAAAUAUGAGCAGGUUGCCUGGUACCCUCAAAUCGUCUCCUGGCAAGAAUAUGUGAGCAAAAGUCUGAAUCUGGAUGAGGCGUCGCCCGAACCGCCUAAACCAUAUUACCAACGACCCCAUCGAGCAAUCUCAAGUGCGAAAAAUUGAAUCACUCAGAUACUUGGUUUCGCAAGAUCUUAAUCGCUCCCAUCAUGCUGCCUGACAAAGUCCGAGCCUGAUCAAUUCCGUGCUGUGGUCAUCACAUUUCAGCAACAUCAACCAUCCUUGUUGUUGGCAUGGUGGCCAGCUAAAUUUGAUACUCCAUUGCACCAUAUCCAUGUACUACUAGACCUAUAUAAUAAGCGAAUAUCACGUCACGUCUAGUGAAUGAGAAGAAGUUCCAAUUUUG